ACUUCGAACUUGUUUUCAUGGUGAACUCGUGAGGUUUGUGCCCAGCAGUUACUAAGUCAGUGUUGAUCGCACCUUUUUUGUCAUUAGUGGGUCUUGGUUAUGUACACUUUAGAAAAGAUCUUUCCCCCACUCCCUCGAGUAGUUAGGGGAAAAUCACUUGUUUUCGAUGCAGACCCCAAAGGUAAAAAGCUUAUAUAUGUCACUGGAAACAGUGUCGUUAUUCGCUCAAUUGAGAAUCUUGCUGAUAGUGAUAUGUACACUCAGCACUCAGUAGCUGUAAAUGUUGCAAAAUAUUCACCCAGUGGAUUUUAUAUAGCUUCAGCAGAUAAUAACGGGAAAGUACGGAUAUGGGACACUAUCAACGGGGAGCACUUGCUAAAAUAUGAAUACCAACCAUUCAGUGGUCCUAUAAAUGAUUUGGCCUGGACUUCAGAUAACGCUCGUAUGCUUGUUGGUGGCAACGGUGCUUCAAAAUUUGGAGCAGUAUUCAUGGUUGAAACAGGGACGUCUGUGGGUUCAGUUACAGGCAUGAGCAGAAGUAUCAAUUCCGUCGAUUUUCGACCUGUUCGACCCUACCGCGCCAUUACUGGAAACGAUGAGGGCUUAGUGACCUUCCUUGAGGGUCCUCCAUUUUCAUUCAAGAACUCUUUUCAAAACCAUAAAGGUUUUGUCAAUGUGGUUCGGUACUCGUUGAAUGGAUCAUUUUUUGUUUCCGGUGGGGCAGAUGGAAAGAUAUUCCUUCACGAUGGUGAAAGUGGUGAGAAACUAUCUGAAGUUGGAAGUCCAGCGCAUGAAGGAGGAGUCUAUGCCAUUUCAUUCUCACGGCAAAGUCCUCUCUGUGUUUCUGCUUCUGCAGACAAGUCCAUCAAGUUAUGGAGUGUUGAAGCUAAAACGCUCUCUUACCUUUCAAAGUAUUCGUUUGAAAAUGUUUUAAUGAAUAUGCUACUCGGUUGCACAUGGGUAGGCAAUAAAGUUGCUGCUGUAUCUUUAAGUGGUUCGAUUCAUAUAUUUGAUGUCCCACCUGGAUCGAAGUCUCUCGCUCCACCAAAACUUUCUAUACAUGGGCAUAAACUCCAUAUAACUUGUGCAAGGUUUAGCACGCUUAAUAAUCGUUUAAUUACUGCAAGUUCUGACGGAUCGAUGGCAUCUUGGGAUACAUCAACUGGUUUAGCUGAAAUGUUUUCUGGUACAGAAGCUCAUACUUCACAAGUACAAUCAAUAUCGCUUUUAGGAAAAUAUGUAAUCACUGUUGGUAUCGAUGAUCGAUGUGUUGUCAGUUCGAUAAGUGAACUAAAACACAUGUUAUCUACAAAGCUUCCAUCUCAACCUCGUUGUGUACAAUCAAUGGAAUCAAAUUGUUUAUUAAUCAUUGUUUCAUGUAUUGAACAUAUGGUUUUAUUGGAGCUUAAAAAUAAUUCAUUAGUAUUGUUGGAUCAACUAGACGUUUCACUAGGAAUGUCUACAAUGAGUAUUUCAAAAAAGUUGUCAUUAAUUGUUGUUGGAUCACAGGAUCUAGGUAGUACAUCGUUUCGUAUAUCAUCAAACCAAAAGUUAAAACAAUUAAAUCUUGUUAAUGCUACCAAUGUAACCCCAGAAUUGAUCGAUUUCUCACCUAAUGGUGAAAUACUAGCUUGUGCAAACCCAGAUCGUUCAAUGAACUUGUACUCCGUGACUUGUGAAGGAAAUCAAAAUGACCUCCCAACUCUUAAAUCUGCUCUUUCUGAAUGGUGGCUCAGACACUCAGCUAGAAUAACCUGUAUCAGUUGGAGUCCAAAUGGUCGUCGCUUGGCCACUGGAAGUAUUGAUAGUUCUAUUGUUAUUUGGUCAUUAGAUGAACCAAGAAAACAGGUGGUUUUGACAGGUAAGUGAUUUCACGUCAAAGUUAUCUUUCACUAAAAGAAACUGGUCAUAAUUAAAUUGAAUGAUUUGUGUAGUUUUCAUCAUGUAUUCCAUAUGUUGGGAAAAUCACAACUAUUUUAACUUGAUAGUUGAUAUCUUAGAAUAUUAAAUACUUGGAAAGUUGAUUAUUUUACAUGGUUGAUACAUUAAUUCUGUAAAAAAAACUUUUCGGUAAAUUAUUGAUGAGCUGUAUAAUUGCUUGUAUUAAUUUAGUAUGUUUAUGAGCAAUAUUUCCGGCAACAACAGUAGGUCAGUUUUACUAUUGUAAAGAAAUAUGUUUUUUUUGAGAUAUUAAUUGAUCAUGAUAAGAUUAUAUAAUCAGUUGGUUUUUCUUUUUGAUUUAAUAUCUUCUAAUCUUUUUUUAAAUCUUAAUCAUUCAGUUGUCGUAAAAUAUACAUUAGGAUGUUGAACUUUUAGUUAUGGUUUCAUUAUCUGUGUACAUGUUUGUGAAUACUUGAAAAUUAUGCCAACGUAAAAAUAAGUGCAAUAGAAGAAAUGUAUAAGUUCAUGUUUGCACUUAUUGUAUGUACUCAAAUUUUGAGCUUGUUUCCAAAACAUUUUACAUCAAUGUUAAAAUUAACAAAAUUAAUAAAUUUUAACUUAAGAAGAAAGCUAAAACCUUUUGACAAUUUGUCAGUAAAAAUCUCCAUAGCUGUAACCACAAUUAAAUCCGUUGACAGUUGACGGUUAUUUAUCAACUUAUAAUUCAUACGUUUCUUUGCUUUACUUGCUUCUGCUCUAUUUAAAUGUCAUCGAGAGUCGAUAGCUAGUGAUCUGAGUCUUAGGUAACGCAUUAACAUUUGAAAUAAACCGGAAAUAUUGAGGGUAAUGUUCAAGAACUUAACAGAAAUUGUAGUAGGAAUCAUUAUCUUAGAAUUCAUCAUCUGUUCUGUCUACCUCAUUAAAUCGACACAGAGUCUGGUUCACAGCUAUAACUAGAAGAAUUAACUGAUUCGUUUCUAUGAUAAUACACUUAGUACUACAACUAAUAAUUAAUACAGUUAUCCCAGGGAAAAUGUACACAUUAAUGUAUUAACGUAACGUCGAGUGAUUAUAGUAGUAACAUUUAUGUUUUCAGAAUAAGCUUAAAACUGGGACUUCAUCGACUGAAUUAUUUCGUUAUAAAACAUGACAAACAGGUGUAAUUAAUAUUUAUAUGGAUUGAUAAAAUUGUCUACGUGAUUAUUUCUUUUUAUUUUAAGCGGCUCAUCCUAUGAGUAAUAGCACUGGAUUAUGUUGGCUCAGUGACGAUCGUUUGUUAAGUUCAGCGCACGAUGGAAGCAUUCGUAUAUGGCGUGUGUAGAAUAAAGUACAGUUCGUAUUCUAUCAGUCUCUUGAAAUGGUGUUUCCCAGAAUAUUUGUUUACGAUUUGAUUCAUGUACUUGUUUCCCGCUUUCAAUAUUUAUGUAAUAUGAAGUGUUUUGGUUUUCACUUUUUUUCUUGAAUACCAGUAUUUUAUUUCUUUCGGGUCAGUUUUUAAAAAAAAAUAAAAUCUUUUUUAGUC